CGCCCUCCUGUGGCGAGCCCUUUGUGAAGGGGACACCGGAGAUGGAGGGGGCUCGUUAAAGGACGGGCGUGACCCAGGUCGCUGAGGGGCCUCCGUAGAGAGGCCUGGCCCGCUCCGCUCGCGUCCGCCUGGGCUGCGGGUCCUCCCAGGGCCGAAAGGCCGCUCGGGGCGUCGGUCUCCCGCCUGGAGACGGUGGAGAAGUGCCUUAAGGGCGCGUCCGCGGGGGCUUUACAUAUUGUGUGCCCUCCUCUUUAAAAGCCUCCGAAGCAGCCUUCGUCAAUUACUUUUCCAGAAGGAAGAGAAUUUCCUCCGUUUGAGUCAGGUUGACUCCGGCCCCGAGCAGCUCACAGACCCGGCGAAACCGGCGCUUUUUGACCUAAGAAUACUCAGAUAUUCUCUUCAUAUGAACUUCCCAGGGCUAUACAACACCACAGAGCUUCACAACCGGGCCUCCAGGAAGAAAAGAUGGAGGCUUUCUUACAUUGAAGGAGAAGAAUUUCUGCCAAUCGUGGCACAUUGACUUCAGCCCUCUUUCCUUAUGCCUCUGGACCUGGCGAUUAUGGCGUGUUCAGGAGGUCUUCUUUCUAAGAACCCGAUCUGCCUUCAUAAAGAAAAGAUAUAGGCAGCAAGGAUGGUGGCUGACUAUCUGAUAAAUUGUAAUCAGGACCCAGUGACCUUUGAUGAUGUGGCUGUGGACUUCAGUCGAGAAGAGUGGAUUUUAUUGGAUCAAACUCAGAGAAACCUAUACAGAGAUGUGAUGCUGGAGAACUACAAGAACCUGGCCUUAGUUGGAUACCAGCUGUUCAAACCCAGCCUGAUCUCUUGGCUGGAGGAAGAAAAAGAGUUGAGAAAGAGAGUUCUCCAAGAAUGGCAACUUAAAAACAAAGGGUCAGCACUUCAGCAGGAUAUUAUUCGGUUAAAAACAACAAAUGGGAUACAAUUGGCAGGAAGCCACCAUAGAGGGGAACUCUAUGACUGUAAGCAAUGUGGAGAAAUUGCCAGUGAACACUCAUGCCUUAAGACACACAUGAGAACUCAAAAUACAAGGGAUACUUGUGACUGUAAUCAGUAUGGAAAAGACUUUCCUAAUCUGCACAAGAAAACCUCUGUGGGAGAAAAACUUUCCAUGUUGAAUCACUGUGAAAAAACCUUUAGCCUUACUCCAGAUGUUGUUUCCCAGAGCACGUACAUGCCUGACAAAUCCUUUGAAUGCAGUGACUUUGGGAAAGCAUUCCUUAACAAGUCACACCUUCAGGCACAUAAGACAACUCACAAUGGGGAAAAACUCUACAAAUGGAAGCAAUGUGGGAGGGCUUUUUCACACACCACAAGCCAUUCUGUGCCUGCUCUAAUAAAUACUGUAAAAAAGCCCUAUGAAUGUAAGGAAUGUGGGAAAGUCUUUAGAUAUUCCUCACACCUAAAUAAUCAUGUGCGAACCCACACUGGGGAGAAACCCUAUGAAUGUCAGGAAUGUGGGAAGUCCUUCACUAUUUCUUCAAGCCUAACUGAACAUAUAAGAAUUCAUACUGGAGAGAAACCCUAUGAAUGUAAGGAAUGUGGAAGAGCAUUCACUCGGUGCUCAGGCCUUUCUAAACACGUACGAACACACACUGGAGAUAAGCCCUUUGAGUGUAAGAAAUGUGGAAAAGCCUUUAUUGACCACUCAAAUCUUACUAAUCAUGUACAAACACACAUGGGAGAGAAGCCCUAUGAAUAUAAGGAAUGUGGGAAUGCUUUCACUGAGCACUCAAAUCUUACUAAACGUGUACAAACAUAUGCUAGAGAGAAGCCCUUUGAAUGUAAGGAAUGCGGGAAAGCCUGCAGUACGUUUUAUCUACUAACUGUACAUCUAAAAACUCACACAUGGGAGCCUUUUGAAUGUAAGGUAUGCAGAAAAUCUUUUAAAUAUUCAUCGUACCUUAAUAAUCACUUUCUAAUUCACACUGGAAUAAAACCAUAUAAAUGUAAGGACUGUGGGAAAGCCUUCCUUUUUUCCUCAACUCUACGUACUCAUGUAAGGAUUCACACUGGAGAGAAACCCUAUGAAUGUAAGGAAUGUGGGAAAGCCUUCUCAUUUUCUUCAAACCUAACUACACACGUAAGAACUCACACUGGAGAGAAACCCUAUGCAUGUGAGGAAUGUGGGAAGUCCUUCACUCAGUCCUCAGGUCUUGCUAAACAUGCACGAACUCACAGUGGUGAGAAGCCCUAUGAAUGUAAGGAAUGUGGAAAAACUUUUACUACAAACUUUGGUCUUAUUGAACAUAUAAGAACUCACACUGGAGAGAAGCCCUUUGAGUGUAAGAUGUGUGGGAAAGCAUUUACAUAUUUUUCAAACCUUUCUGUACAUCAGAGAACUCACACUGGACAGAAGCCCUUAGAGUGUGAGAUAUGUGGGAAAGUAUUUACACAGUUCUCAAGUCUUAAUAAUCACAUACAAACUCACAGUGUUCAAAAACCUUAGGUAUGUAAAGAAUGUGGGAAGUCCUUUAUAACACAUUCCUUAAUAUUCCCAUGUGGUCCUGCACUGGAGAAAAACUAUUAUGAAUGGAAACAAUUUUGGAUACUUCAAUUGGUUUACAACCCAGAGGCCCACAUCAACUCAAGUGGGUACUCACUUGAAAGGAUAUCCCAGUCCCACAUCCCAGAUGACAUUAUCCUGGGCCAAAAUUUCACCUGCCAAGAUGACAUUGCUUCAGAAGACAUUGCGCUGACCCAAGAAUUCGCCAUUAGAGAUGAAUUUGCCCCACGUGCUGGAUACUACUACCUCACCCCUUACACUAAAACCUCCACCCAGAGAUUCCCUGCGAGUCGACCCCGGGGUCCAUCCGCACCCACCCGAGAGGAGACUAGACUUUCCCGGCUGAAGUGUACAACGUGGCUGAGGUCCGAGUGCCGGAGCCAACCCAAACUAGACACCGGAAGCGGAAGUGACGUCAGCGGCGCACCGCCAUCUUCCCAGGCUUUUCUUGCGCGAGUACUCGGGAGACGUUCCUGCUUGGUCGUCGUUGUCAACUCGGCCCUGGCGAGUCCCGGUGAAGGGGAUAGGCAGGCGGUGAAAGUUCAAGCUUGGCCUGGGCCACCGAGGGGCCUCCCGAGAGAGGCCCGGCCCGCUCUGCUCGCCUCCGCCGAGGCCGCGGGUCCUUCCGGCGCUGUCAGGGCCGAGACGCCGCUCGGGCUGUCGGUCCCCGCCGGGUGCCGAGUCGGGAAGCGUCUGAAGGGCGCGUCCCCGGAGUGUUUUCAUCCACCGUGCGCCUCCCUUCAGAAACCUCCAAAGCAACCUCUGUGGAUUUUUUUCCAAGCCAUCACUGUGUUUCUCUGUUAUAUUAACUUUUUGGAGGAUCACACAUUCUUUCAGAAAGUCACACAUUUUGAUAUUUCUGAUUGUAUUCUGAUGGAGAUCGUCUUUCUAAGGGAACCAAUCUGCUUUCCUGAAGAAGAGACAAAGGUAGAAAGGAUGGUGGCUGACCGGUCGAUAAAUUCUCAGCAUUCAGUGACCUUUUAUGAUGUGGCUGUGGAAUUCACCCCAGAAGAGUGGAAUUUACUGGACACAAGUCAGAGAUACCUCUACAGAGAUGUGAUGCUGGAGAACUACAGGAACUUGGCCUUCGUAGGAUGUCAGCUCUUCAUACCCAGACUGAUAUCUUGGUUAAAACAAGAAGAGCUGAGGACAGUGGAGAGUGGAGUUUUCAAACAGUGUGAAAUACGACAUAGAAGCAAACCGUCAGCACUUCAGCAGGAAUUUUUUAGGAAACAGAUAUCCGAUGGGAUACCAACGGCAAGAAGCUGCAGUGGAGGAGAACUCUGUGACUUUAAGCAAUGUGGAGAAGUCUUCCGUGAACACUCAUGCUUUAAGACACACGUGAAAACUCAAAAUCAAGGGAACACUUCUGAGUGUAAUCACUAUGGAAAAGACAUCGUUACUCUCCACAAGAAAACACCUAUUGGACAGAGACAUUCUGAGUUUGAUCAAUCUAGAAAAGUCUUCAGUCCAACUCCAAGCCUUGCUGUGCUUCUUCAAAUUCUCAAUUCAAGAAAACCCUACAAAUGUAAGGAAUGUGGAAAAGGCUUUAAAUAUCUUGCAUGCCUCGAAAAUCACUUGCAAACCCACAGUGGACAGAAACCUUAUGAAUGUAAGGAAUGUGGGAAGGCCUUCACUAGAUUCUCGGGCCUUAUUCGACAUAUAAGAACUCACACAGGAGAGAAGUCUUUUGAAUGUGCUGAGUGUGGGAAAGCCUUCCUUACUUCCUCUCAUUGUGCUAAACAUCUGAAAACUCACAGUGGAGAAAAGCUCUUCGUGUGUGAGAUAUGUGGGAAAGCAUUUAUAUGUUCCUCAUCCCUUAACAUUCACAUUCGAGCUCAUACUGGGGAGAAACCCUUUGUGUGUGAGCACUGUGGGAAAGCAUUUGCUGUUUCCUCAAGCCUAAGUAAACAUACAAGAAUUCACACUGGGGAAUAACCCUGUGCAUAUAAGGGUAUGAAUAUUUAGCCCAUGUGUUGCCGCCUUUUAAUUAUUGGCCUGGACGUCAGAGAUCACCAGAUUAGUCUUAAUUGCCUUGUGUGGGUUGUAACAGUCAUAGACUUUCCUUAGAUGUCAUCCUGAUUGUGUGAAAUAAGAACCACAGUUCCCCCCUGGAAAUUGCUUACAGGUGCUGAGUCUGAGCACUUCUGGGCUGUGGAUGGGCAGGUUGGCCUCAUCCUGGUGCUUGGACUCCUAGUGAUGGUAGCAUUAAUAAAUGCUACAUGAGAUAAAGCAAA